ACACUUGAAAAAGAACUGAGUGACUUCAAGGAGAAGUGUGAAAACUGGACCACACAAGAUGCAUUGAAGCAGAAACAAUUGGAUGAUUUGCUGGAAAAGAAACGCAGUCUGGAAGGACAAUUGAAUAACUUGCAAAUUGCGCUGUCCGACAAGGAAGACAUAGUGAAAGCGAAAGAUCGGGAAAUUCGUCAUGUUACGGAGAAGCUGAAUGAGAAAAAGGAUGAAAUCAACAAAUUCGAAACAGAUCGCCACUCACUUGAGGAAGAGCUGAGUAAGUUGAAGCAGUCUGAAGCUCGGCUGGAAAAAGAGAGACGCAACCUGAUGGAAUCCCUGGAAAAUGCAACUGGACGAAGUACACGUGUGGAAGUUUCCAAAAGAGCCCUUGAAGGCGAUGUUCAACGCUUGCAAAAAGCCUUGAAUGACAAAGAAAGUGAAAACCAGCACUUGAAAGACAAAUGCGAUUCAAUGAAUCAGAAGGUUCAGCAGGCGGAAGAAAAAUGCUCUGCAAUGUCUCUGGUCAUCGACAAAAUGAAUUCUAGUCUUGAAAAUGCUGUGUCCGGAGAAUCGCAGUUGAAAGAAAAGCUUGAAAAUCUCAACAAGGAAGUCAAUCAAUCUUCGCAAGGUAGCCAAGGUCUCCAGGAACGUGUCGCACAGAUGCAACAGAAACUUGCCGAGGUUGAAGGCGAAAACAAGCUUCUCCAGGAAAGAGGAAACUCUUCGAAGCAGACGAUUUCUGAUCUGAGACGAACUAAUGAUGACCUCAACCGAAAAAUCAUUGAUCUCCAGCAAGAGCUCAAUCGUUUACAACUUAAUCAUGUUCAGGCUGAUAUGCAAUGGAAAUCUUCCGAAAAGGCGCUGAAUGAAUAUAGAGGGAAAGAAUCGACGCUCGAAGAACGGCUUCGUCAUGCGCUGCAAGAGAAAGUUGAAUUAAUCGAGCAAAUCAACAUGCUUCAGAGGAAAAUUGCCCAAAGUGAACAGGAGAAGAAGGAAGUUGAGAGAUCGCAGAUUCGGUUGACCAAAGACAAGACUGCAUUGAGAUCCAUGAUUGACAAGAUGGAAAGAGAGCGACUGGCAACUGAAGAACAAUCCAGGGCUGUCAACACAGAGAGGGCUGCUAUUGGGCAUAAUCUUAGUGCUCUGGAGCAAGAAAACAAUGACCUCAGAAGACGCGUUCAAGCUCUGGAUCAUCAGAUUUCUCAGAUGGAGCAAGAACAUGCGCAACGACUCAUGGACAUCGCUUCGAAGCAUCGCCAAGAAAGUCAAUCUGAACUGGAUCGAGUCAAAGUUAUACAGCAGCAAGCGGAAAAGGUUUUGCAGGCUAGAGAGAGGACGUAUAAGCAGAGGAUCAAGGGAUUGGAGGAUCAGGUACAAAUGUUGAAAGACCAGCUGAACGCCGAAAUAAAGAAGCGCCAGCUUUACAUCCUGCGAACCGCAAAGGCGGGAGAAGAAAUACGUGAAAUCCGCCAGUCCCUGGACGAAAGUCUGAGAACGGUGUCCCGAGAUCCGACUUUGGAUGCUCUACUUUUGGAACAAGAAGCUCGGAAACUUGACUCAUCCUUGGGCCAUCAUCUGUCAAGCCCGGGCAGCAUAUGCGGGCCAGAUACUGCCGAGCAUAUGGCCCGCGUGGGCCACAUUCGCCUGUGGCGUACGAGCCACGAAGAACAAAAAUCGUGGCUGAAAAUCAAAAAAGGGAAAAAUUUGGAACCUCAAAAAUCAUUGUCUACUAUUAUGGCCCGCAAGAACUCUCCACCUCAGGUCUCAGUCCUACUUGGCGUCCCAAAUCACGCCAUCCAAGCUGUCGCCGCACGGCAGAUCGCCGUCCAUGAGCCGAGUCCGAACGUCGACGCCGAUGUCCGCUUCAGGGCUACAACCGCCAGCCUCGACGAGCACGACUCCUGAAGUUCCUCACAAACGCACGCUGACAUUUUCUUGAAUCUGAAUGCAAGCCGGAAUAUCAAUGAGGAAUUUUUCUUUCUGUUUUUAGUUUAUGGAAAUCCUGAUUUGGAAGCAAACUUCUUGAUUGUUUGGGAAGAAAUGAUCAACGUUUUGGCAUUCCUGAUUUUUUCCUGUUCCGUGCGCAAGUAGUCAUCUUCCGGAAGCAACAUCUAUUUGAGCGAAGAAAUGUUUUUCCCCUGUAAGACAUUCCUACAAGAGGAAGGCAUAUGUCGUGGCAAACGACGAAAUUCCCCGACAAGGAUUUCUUUCCGGUAUUUUUAUGGUUUUGGUCAAGAAUUUAUUCCUUCGCACUGCCUGGAUUGUUGGGCUCACGGUGGUGAAGCGUCGUGAAAAAAGAAUUGUUGACGAUCUUUGUCUAUUUGGAGGAAAAAUGAGGCGCUGGAUCGCAUUCUUGUAUCCAGUAUUUGUUCCGUGUGUGCGGUUUUGGUGAGAUUGACGGAAGAAAUGCUUUCGAGAGAGUAAGAUCGUAGACAAGUCGCAGGAUGUCUAGAGUUUUUCUUUUCCUCUGGGAAGAUGCACGGGAAUCUUUUUUUUUGACUUCGGUUGACGAAUUUUUUGUCGAUCAGGCCGUGACACUCUUGCAACGGAAUCCAUCCUAAUGAAAACAAAUGCCUUACCAAACGAAACGUCAAUCUUGAUAAAAGAUGAAGGCAUUUAUUAAUUUUUAACCGUAAUUUAUUUGAGACACGCUGAAUUUUCAAUGAUUUCUUCAUCAGUGAAUGAUUUUGGACGGAUGUGUGACUGGAAUGGAAUUUAGAUGAAGGAUUUUGGAAAAAGAUUUUAUUAGCGCUAAAUAUUCAAAGAAAUCGAUGAUUGAUUAAAGAAAAAAUUGCGUCUAUGUUUUUUUAACAUAAAGAAAAAGACCUUCGGUGCCCAGAAAGUGUUCGUGUUUUAGGCGCUUGAUGAUCUUGUCUGGCAUUUACUUUGUUUCGCUCGGGUUCAGCGCAGAUCUCAUGUUUUGUGUUGAGUUUCUUCCUUUUUUUUUUUGGUUGCUGCAGAAUUUGUAUUGAUCGACGUAGUUUCUAAUUUUGCAUCGUUUUGUGCGUUUCUGAAUGAUGUUUUCAUGUAUUGGGCAUUGAUACGAGGGAAAGAGUUAUCUGCCGUUUCUGUGCAGAUCAACUGUUGCCCCUUUUCUGGCCGACUUGUUUUCACGAUUUUUGCAAUGAGUGAUGUUCCCGUGAAACUACUUCUAACUCUGCGGCGACCAGAGUAAGGAGGCAGUUUGAAAAGUCAUUGCCGUAUUCGUCUGUUCAUUUUUCGUGAAUUUGUUUCAGAGGGAUCUCGUGUUAUGAUUAUAUGCUGGGUUGGUUGUCUGCUAAACGAAUUGAAGGAAAUGUCGAACUGUUGCGCUGGCGAUUUUGGUUUUGCUCCGAAUGAAUUAAAUGCAUCUGGUGCGGAAAAAAAUCAGAGGAAUAAAAAUUUUAAAAUGGAAUUUGACAGGUUUGAAUUCGUAGAUAUUAUGUCCGGGUUUCUUUAUCACGAUGAUGUGUUUUUUUUUUGGAGUUCGAAAACGCGAUGAGAAAUAUUUCGAUGUCCAAUUCUGGCAUUUGGCGUCGCGCUGUUCACGUACAAUGAAAUGGUUUGACGAAAGAGAGAAAAAUGCAGUCAUUGAAUCGGU